AGUCCUGUGGAACUAGCAUCGCCUCUCACAUCUAUACAUAACACCGCUCGCUAAGCACCAGUCACAGACACGAAUGAGCUCGCAAUCCAUCUAUUAGUCCGUCUUUGCCUCUGCUGCUUAGGAAAGGUCUUAUUUUUUUGGAAGGAGAAAGCUGACCGACUGUCCGAGGAUGCGUGAAGAUAUCAGAGAGAAUGUCACCUCGGUGUCCCUCUAUCUCUCUCCCUAGUGACACAGUGACUGCUGGCUGGGUGCCUCCCUCCUCCUCCUCCUCCUCUUCCUCCUCUUCCUCUUCUCGUCACCCUGCCAUAUCUGCCUCCUGCCCCCAUAUCAUGUUCCGUGGCUGAAUCGAGCGGACUGAACGGCAUCAGCAACACUGAGACCUGUGGAGGAUUACUUUAACAGAAGAGAGGAGAGGAGGAGAGACCUUAUUCUUUUUGGCUUGCUGUGCCGCUUGCUGUGUGGGUACCAUUCCAGGGGUGGUUUUGGAUGAACUGGUCAUCGUUCAGGGAGGAAGGUCUGUUUGUGUCGCUGGACGGAGAAGGAGGGGAACUGGUACCAUAUUCCAGCCUUCCACAAUCAUGUGGGAUCUGGUUUGAGAAUGCCCCCCUGCGGAAAGCAACGUUUGUGGAGAGCCCUCACAUUCCACAAUCAGAGCUCGGCUCCCCUAUACACACCUCCUGUACUGCCAGGAGGAACCACAACCUGGAUACAUACUGCCCCGGGGAGUCAAGCGGGGAGCUGGGCCCCCCUCCGUCGGUGGAUGAGGCAGCCAACACAUUGAUGACGCGCCUGGACAUCCUGUUGGGAGACAAAGCUAGUGAGGGGCCAGACGGAGAACAUUACAACAUGGAUGAACCAGACAAUAGACAGGGCCUGGCUGGUAACCAGAGGAUCAGUCCGUGCUCCACCCUGACCAGCAGCACAGCCUCCCCCCCGGCCGGCUCCCCCUGCUCCACCCUGACGCCCGGCGCUGAUGGUGCCAUGCCCGGGGAUAACCAGGGUAACAAGGACCACGCCUACGGGUCCGUCACAAGCCCCACCUCCACCCUGGAGAGCCGGGACAGCGGCAUUAUCGCCACCCUGACUAGCUACUCGGAGAACGCUGAGCGUGGGGGUAAAUACGGUGACGGGGGUUUCUCGCGGGGCAGUAACCUGAAGCUGUGGCAGAGCCAGAAGUCUGGUAUGGAUUCGUUCCUAUACCGUGUGGACGAGAACAUGGCUGCCUCCACCUACAGCCUCGACAAGAUCCCAGAGAGACACCUGGACAGCAUGUCCGCUCACUCCAUCCCUCUGUACCUCAUGCCUCGCCCUAACUCUGUCGCAGCCACCAGCUCGGCUCACCUGGAGGACCUGGCCUACCUGGAUGAUCAGAGACACACGCCGCUGCGCAUGAACCGACAGAACACACACACCGGGCCAGGACGCGCUCAGACCCACCACAGAGCUUCUGCUAACAACCAUGCCUGGCAAUCCCAAUCCUUGCGGUUUGCCCCAUACCGGCCACCUGACAUCUCCCUGAAGCCCCUCCUCUUCGAGGUGCCCAGCAUCACCAUGGACUCCGUCUUCACCGGCCGUGAUUGGCUGUUCCAGGAGGUCGACGCCCAUCUCAACAGCGGCAAAAACAGCACCAACCGUGGUGUGGUUGUCGUGGGCAACAUCGGCUACGGCAAGACGGCCAUCAUCUCUCGUCUGGUGGCGCUGAGCUGCCACGGAACACGAAUGAGACAGAUCGCCUCUGACUCUCCGCAGGCCUCGCCCAAACAUGGAGAGCUCCCCCUUACCCAGUCCCAGCCGGCCCAUAGCACAGGUACCCUGGGAGGGGGCAGCUGUCCCGGGACCCCCGAGAUGAGACGACGCCAGGAGGAGGCCAUGAGGAGACUGGCAUCUCAGGUGGUGGCGUACCACUACUGCCAGGCAGACAAUGCCUACACGUGCCUGGUGCCGGAGUUUGUCCACAACGUGGCAGCGUUGCUGUGUCGCUCACCGCAGCUCAUCGCCUACAGAGAGCUGCUGCUCAGGGAGCCACACCUACAGAGCAUGCUCAGUCUGCGCUCCUGUGUUCAGGAUCCCCUGGCCUCCUUCAGAAGAGGAGUUCUAGAACCCCUGGAUGCCCUCUACAAAGAGAGGAAGAUCGCCUCUGAAGAAGACUUGGUCAUCCUGAUAGAUGGGCUAAAUGAGGCAGAGUUCCACAAGCCUGACUACGGAGACACCAUUGUCUCGUUCCUCAGCAAAACCAUCAGCUUGUUUCCCCACUGGCUCAAACUGGUGGUCACUGUCAGGACCACAUUGCAGGAGAUCACCAAGCUGCUCCCAUUCCACCGUAUCUCUGUGGAUGGUCUGGAGGAGAACGAUGCUAUAGACCAGGACUUACAGGGUUACAUCCUCCACCGCAUCCACAGCAGUCCUGAGAUACAGAACAACAUCUCUCUCAAUGGCAAGAUGGACAAUACCACCUUCGGCAAGCUCUCCGCCCACCUCAAGGCCCUCAGCCAGGGCUCCUAUCUGUACCUCAAACUCACCUUUGACCUUAUAGAGAAGGGGUACCUGGUCCUCAAGAGCUCCAGCUACAAGGUGGUGCCUGUCAAUCUGGUUGAGGUGUACCUGCUGCAGUGCAACAUGCGUUUCCCUACCCAGUCGUCCUUCGAACGGGCCCUCCCCCUACUCAACGUGGCCGUGGCAUCCCUCCACCCCCUCACUGACGAACAGAUCUACCAGGCUAUCAAUGCUGGCUCCCUGCAGGGUACGCUGGACUGGGAGGACUUCACACAGCGCGUAGACAACCUGGCCAUGUUCCUGGUCAAGAGGAGGGACGGGACCAGGAUGUUUGUUCACCCAUCGUUCAGAGAGUGGCUGAUCUGGAGGGAGGAGGGGGAGAAGACCAAGUUCCUCUGUGACCCCAGGAGUGGCCACACCCUGCUAGCCUUCUGGUUCUCUCGCCAGGAGACCAAGCUGAACCGACAGCAGACCAUCGAACUGGGACACCACAUCCUCAAAGCACACAUCUUCAAGGGCCUAAGCAAGAAGGUUGGGGUUUCCUCGUCCAUCCUCCAGGGGCUGUGGAUUUCGUACAGCACAGAUGGACUGUCCACUGCCCUGUCCUCACUCAGAAACCUCUACACUCCUAACAUCAAGGUGAGCCGGUUGCUGAUGCUCGGCGGUGCCAACGUGAACUACCGGACGGAGGUGUUGAACAAUGCCCCGGUGCUGUGUGUGCAUGCCCACCUGGGUUACAUAGAUAUGGUGGAGCUGCUGUUGGAGUAUGGGGCCUCUGUAGACCAGCCCUCUGAGAGCCUUCUCACCCCACUGGGCUAUGCUGCCUCCGGGGGACACAUGGCUAUAGUCACCACACUGUGUCUAAGAAGAGCCAAGGUGGACCACCUAGAUAAGAAUAGUCAGUGUGCCGUGGUGCAUGCAGCUCUCAGGGGCCAGAUGGAGGUCGUCAAGUUCCUCAUCCAGUGGGACUGGGCCAUGGGACAACCACAACAACAACGAGCCUUCAGCAAGAGCCACGCCGUCCAGCAAGCCCUCAUCGCUGCAGCUAGCAUGGGAUACACAGAGAUUGUGUCCUACCUGCUGGACCUACCAGAGAAGGAUGAGGAGGAGGUGGAACGAGCUCAGAUUAACAACUUUGACACCCUGUGGGGAGAGACAGCUCUGACGGCAGCAUCGGGCCGGGGGAAGCUAGACGUCUGCAGGCUGCUGCUGGAGCAGGGAGCAGCAGUGGCUCAGUCCAACAGACGAGGCAUCUUACCCCUGUUCAGUGCUGUCCGACAGGGAAACUGGCAGAUCGUGGACCUUCUCGAGACUCAUGGAGCGGACGUGAACCUGGCAGACAAGCAGAGCCGAACCCCUCUGAUGAUGGCUGCAUCAGAGGGUCACCUGGUCACUGUGGAGUUCCUACUGGCACAUGGUGCGUCCUUGCCUCUGAUGGACAAGGAGGGGUUAACGGCUCUGAGCUGGGCGUGUAUGAAGGGACACCUGCCCGUGGUGCGCUGUCUGGUGGAGCGGGGGGCUGCUACGGACCAUGCUGAUAAGAACGGACGCACGCCCCUCGACCUGGCCGCCUUCUACGGGGACUCAGAGAUGGUCCAGUUCUUAGUGGACCAGGGGGCGAUGAUAGAGCAUGUGGACUACAGUGGGAUGCGUCCUCUGGACCGGGCCGUGGGCUGCAGGAACACCUCUGUGGUGGUCGCCCUGCUCAAGAAUGGAGCCAAGAUAGGUCCAGCCACGUGGGCCAUGGCUACCUCCAAACCCGACAUCAUGAUCAUCCUACUGAGCAAGCUGAUUGAGGAGGGAGACAGCUUCUACAAGAAAAGGAAAGUGAAGGAGGCAGCGCAGUGCUAUCAGUAUGCCAUCAAAAAGUUCCCCCGCGAAGGCUUCAGUGAGGACCUCAAGACCUUCAGGGAGCUCAAAGUGUCCAUCUUACUAAAUCUGUCCCGAUGUCGGAGGAAACUGAACGACUUUGGGAUGGCUGAGGAGUUUGCUACGAAGGCGCUUGAAUUGAAACCAAAAUCAUAUGAAGCGUACUAUGCCAGAGCCCGCGCCAAGCGUAGCAGCAGGCAGUUCCCUGAGGCCUUGGAGGACCUGAAUGAAGCCAUGAAGCAGAGCCCCAACCACCCUGAGAUCCAGCGCCUCCUGCAGCGAGUAGAGGAGGAGUGUCGACAGCUUACCCAGGAGGAGGAGGACGCACAGAAGCUGGAGCCUCCCCCAUCUCCUCCCCCCUCGCCUCCCCCAGACGAGGGGGAGGGGGAGGGGAUGUCCCUGUCCUCCCUCCCCCUCCCCCUGGAGCUCCCCCCUCCCCCGGAGCCUCGGCUGGAGGACAUGGAGCCGGUCCAGGAUCUGUUUGAGGAUGAGGACUAUCUGGAGCUGGAGGCCAUGUCUAUUGGGAGUAUGGGUUCUAUGGGUCUGGCCCUCGAGAGGGAGCCCUGCUCCAACCCCUCCAGCCUGCCUAUCAUCCAGAGCCCCCCUCUUUCUCCGACCAACCACCAUCCCUACCAUCACCAGGACCAGGCCUACCUGUCAGGGGGCUCCCCCAUGGGCCAGCCUUAUGACUACGGCCACCCCAGCCCCACCUCCAUGUCCUCCCCCGGCAUCCAGAACUACCAGCCGCCGUCGCCCCCCUCCCUCUCUCCCACGCACCACAACUCCCACUACCGACACAGCCCUCCGCAGACCUCCCCGGUGCACCAGACCACCUACCGCUUCAGCCCCCCGCCCAUGGGUGGCAAUGGAGGAGGGGGGCAGGGGAUGGACCACGGAUACCAGAGCCCCCCGCUCUCCCCCCUGCGUCGGGGUGGGGUACAGAGCCAGUACAGAGCCAGUCCCCCAGUGGAGAGUGUGUGUCUGUACAGGUCCCAGUCAGGGUCUCCGGUGCACUACCAGCAGGAGCAGCCUCCCUUGUCUAAGAUGAGCAGCCAGAGGUCCUUCCAGCUGAGCUCACAGCCUUCCCUGCACCACCAGGCCUCCCUGCACCACGACAGCCUCCAAACCCACCAGCAGCACCAGGCCCAACUGCACCACCAGGUCUCCCAACAGCACCACCAUGCCCAACUGCACCACCAAGCCUCCCAGCACCACCAGGACUCCCUGCACCACCACGCCCAACAGCACCACCAGGCCCAGGCCCAGGGCCUGCGCCUCCAGCCAUCCAUGGCCCAGAUUGUUCGCACCAACCAGCCCAGCAACGCAUACGGCCAGAUGGGCCACCCCAUGCGCUACCAGGGGGCCUCCACGGACUUGCCGAUGGAGAACCAGAGCCGGUUGAUGUACCAGCCCUCCCUGGAUGGUCGCUCCAUGCCCCUGUCCAGCCUCUCAGCUGGGGCCCUCUGUCAGCACGGGGGCCGAGGAGGGGUCAUAGAGGGCCUGAUGAAGGACGAGCUACCCCAGCGCCCCUCCUCUGCCUACCGUGCCAGCAGUGGGGGCCAGGUCCAGGGUGGGGUCCGCUACAGCCAGACCCCCCAGAUCAGCCGCAGCCAGUCGGCUGCCUACUACCCUGGCAACAAGCACGAGCUGGAGCGCCAGAACAGUGCCAUGCCCCAGUGCCAGCUGGGAUCACCAGAGAUCGGCCACAUGAUGAGGCGGCCCGUCAGUGCCACUACCACAGAGAUCAAACCGCACAUGUCCACUCCCCGGCCCCUCAUCCACUCCCAGAGCGUGGGCCUCCGCUUCUCCCCCUCCAGCAACAACAUCCCCACGGGGGGCUCCAGCUGUAAUCUAGCCCCAGGUUUCAGGCCUUCCUCCUCCGUCCAGGGGAUGGAGAUCCCGCUCCAGGUGGCCUACGAGGGCUAUGAGGGGUACGAGCAUUCCUGUAACGACGACAUCUCCCCAAACUCGCCCUCCCAGGGGGGCGGUGGGGGGCUGUACCAGGGUGAGAGCACCCGCUCGCGGACCACGCCCUUCAUGGGCAUCAUAGACAAGACAGCACGGACUCACCAGUCUCAGUACCUGCAGCAGCCCUCCUCCCAGCGGCCCUGGGCCAUGACCUCCAUGGACUCUGGCAUCAGCCCCACGUCGCCCGGCCAGCUGGUCCAGCAGGGCUCGUCCUACAGCCCCCCCACCUCGCUGGGGAACAUUGCUUACUACAACAAGACUAACAAUGCCCAGAACGGACAACUGCUGGAGGAGGACUACUACCCCCAGCAGCAGCAGUCCUCCCUGGGCAAGCUGGCCAACGGCACCUCUCGGGGCGGGGGAGAGGGAGGGGACAUCCUGGAGAGGGUGAGCCAGGUGCCCACCUAUCCAGACGUGAAGGUGGCCAGGACUCUGCCCGUAGCUCAGGCCUACCAGGACAACAUGUACCGACAGCUCUCCCGUGACUCUAGGCAGGGCCCCACCUCCCCCAUCAAACCAAAGAGACCUUUCGUGGAGUCGAAUGUGUGAAUGUACAGUCCACAGCCGGACUGGGCGUGUGAGUGGGAGGGGGGGAAGGGAGGGGAGGGGGGAAGUUGAGUUAAGGCUGCUGACCUUGUCUGACAUUGAUGAAGAACACAUGAUACACAGACAGAGUCCAGCCCCACUCACACUGAGAGCAGUCUACAACAGGCCCCACUCACACAGAGAGCAGUCUACAACAGGCCCCACUCACACAGAGAGCAGUAUAGUCAUACAGUACAUAGAUACUAAAACACUGGGGGUAGCAGUCUAGUCAUACAGUACAUAGACAUGUGAGAGAUUGUACUAUUUUGUUGUUAAACUUCAACUCUGCACUUACAGAAAUAGAAAGCUGUGACAUUGAAAGGUGAUGACAGGCCAGUCCUGAUCAAACACAGGGUCAAAGGUCCUAACACUUCCAGGGGGAGGGGGAGGUGGGGGCACAACUUCCUCCCCGUGGUGAGAGUGAAACUGAGGGCCCUUACCUUACUGUACCUGUAGAUUCUCUAUCCAUCUACCACCUGCUAUCCUAAAAUACAACUUGUGCUCUUAUUCAAGGUUGCUAGACUCUCUGUAAUACAAUAUUAAUAUUCAAGGUUGCUAGACUCUCUGUAAUACAAUAUUAAUAUUCAAGGUUGCUAGACUCUCUGUAAUACAAUAUUAAUAUUCAAGGUUGCUAGACUCUCUGUAAUACAAUAUUAAUAUUCAAGGUUGCUAGACUCUCUGUAAUACAAUAUUAAUAUGUUCAAUACUGUAAAUGGGUCAGAAAUUACAACAACGUGACUGUGCUUAGAGAAAUUAUUCUAUUUAUUAUUAAGUUAUAUAAUGUAAAUACAUAUAAAAACAUAAUUAUUUUCUUUGUGUUCUUUGUGUUAACUGUUUUUAGCCUUCUGUCGUUGUGCUGUCCUCAAUAAGUCAUUGCUCCCAUCAAGCGUUUUUUCAGCUAUACAGCCAGCUGAAACUCGUCCAAAACACUCCAAGAACUAGGCCAGAGAUAUCUUUAGUCGAUUUAAGGAUGAGAAGUGUAAAACUACAACACGAAAAGGCACAGCAUACAAAACACACACACACUAAGUAGCUAGCAUGUCGAUAGCAGCUAGCUACAUUCAUUUCAAUAGGAACGGCUAAUCCGGUUUAGGCUAGUGACAAUAUAUCUGUAAAAGUAACACAAACGGAUAAUGAUAUGUAAGUGUUAAAAAAACAACCAGGAAUGUUAAUACCUACAGUUGAUGCCAACUGAAGGGCUGUAAAGGAAAGGAAGAUGGUGGAUGGAACAGUACAUCGUGGUUAGACUGAACACUAAACAGUAGUAAACAACAAAAUCAUUAAUUUCAUAUGAAUGGCCCUUCUUCUGCAAUAACAAGCACAGGAAGUGCGGGCACAGGAAGUGCGGGCACAGGAAGUGCGGGCACAGGAAGUGCGGGCACAGGAAGUGCGGGCACAGGAAGUGCGGGCACAGGCUGCAAUACAAAGACCACUAGGUGGGAGCAAAGGCAAUACAUGCUUAAUGCGAUCCAUGACAGUCCCACUAGUCAAGCAACAACAUGGUUUGAGAAUCAACUAGGACAGGGAAUGAGGAACAUUUAGAAACUUUGAAUUACUCACAUGUCAAAUUAUAUUUUCUGAGUUUCUAAAUAUUAUGUUUGUCAUGUUAUAUUUUUGGUAUUUUGAUUUAACCUUUUAAGUUUUUAUUAUUCAUAAAUGUCUGCACUAAAUGCCUGUGAAGUUCUUAACUUAGGGUGCACUUGUAUUUCUAUUACUUUAUGGUUAUGAAUGGAGGUCAGGUGGGGCUUCUGACCAAUGAUACUGGAUUAUUUCUGAUGACUCAUCGUCAUAGGAACUCUGAUCUACAAAGCAAAGUAAUGAAUGACAAUAUGAAGAGCAAACAAUGUUUUUAAAUGUCUGAAGAUGUAUAGACUUUAUAGCACAUUGUAACGGCUGCAUAUACUGGCCAUCCCCCUCAACCCAACCCCAGAUCCCUUCAUAGACAGACGGAUCUCAUACGCAAAUGGCUUGUGUUCUUUUUUAUCCUUACCAUGAGUGAAAAUUAUCCUUAUAGCUACUGUUCAAUUCAAUCACAGUGUGUGAAACCUAUUGACUGACAGUCAGUCAGAUGGUCCCAAAUCCAGUGAUAAAGCACUUAACUUCAGUGUCAAGGGAAAGUCCUGGAGAGAGAAAUACAAAGGUUGUAUUCAUGACUAACAUAUUUUUAUAUUUGCCAGGUGAGUGUAUAAAAACAAUGGAUGUGUGAAAGUACUUCAGUCAGAUUGAAUGCUCAGUCAGUUGCUUCAUGGACAGCUUCCAUUUGGAUCUUGUCUGCUAUUCAAAUGGCUGAAUAAAAUGAUUCAAACGGUUCCCAACCCACAGGACAGCUCAUUUGGACAACUGUAAGACCGUACUGUAUGUGUGAAGAAUUGUACUAUUCUUUCAAAAAAUACUUUAAAGGACUUUUGAGCUGUUUUGUUUUUCAACUUUCGAUUUAAAUUAGUUGGCUGUAAAAUGUAAAUUAGUUGGCUGUAAAAUGUAAAUUAGUUGGCUGUAAAUAUUCAGAUGCAUGUUUUAUUAUUUCUCCUGAUCUCAAACAGAAACACAUACAGUAUACACAUUGUCCUGAAUCUGGUCUGGGAUCUGUGAUAGACAUCUUGGAUAUACAUCUGGAAUAUACAUCUGGGCUGGGAUCUGGGAUAUACAGUGGCUUGUGAAAGUAUUCACCCCCCUUGGCAUUUUUCCUAUUUUGUUGCCUUACA